AUGUUAUUAUUUAAUUUAGCCGCAUUUUUUGCGGUUUUUCUGAUGGGAGGUGCGGUGCCUACGCCUACAAAUAAAGAUGAUGGCGGCCCAAUUGGUGAGCUUCCCGAGAAUUGGGACCAGACAAAAGACGACACUCAAUCGCUUUUCCUGAAUAAGAGCGAUAAAAAUGACUUGGAGCCUUACCCGUUGGCUCUAAGUGAGGAAGGAAAUUCCGAAGGGUUCGAACAGGGUGUAGAUCAGAGAUUCGACUCCCCGCAACCCAACGGGGAGCUCGAUAACUUGAUCAUGAGGCCGGAAUUGUAUGGUGAACCCCCAGCAAUGGAAGGUUUAGCCACUAGCUACGACUCGCGCCGUCGCAAACGAGGAAGCGGAACUAAAGUCGGCGGCGCAGGGGCCGCUACUAAAGUAGCCACCAAAUCUGGCUCGGGCAAGAAAAAUCUGAAACCGGAGGAGCACGAUGCUCUCUCGCCCGUGGAUUCGAUGACUCACGAACACGACGCACACCGCCGCAAGCGCGGCAGUGGCACAAAGGUGGGCGGAGCGGCUGCCUCUGCCAAAACAGCCACCAAAAAUUCCGGUGGAAAUAAAAAGAACUUCAGGCCUACCUCAGAACGUCGCAAACGAGACUCUGGUCUCAGUGCAGCUGAUGUCCGAGCUCUGCUCAACUUGUGGGAGGCACAGGAACGCAAGAAACAGGAAUGGAAUGCACAGAACCAAUGGGUUCCUGAACGCUAUUAUGGAGUUGGACAUGUAAACCCGGAAGACGAGCAGCCCGAGGUUGAUGAGAAUGGAGACAUCUGGUACAGCGAACCCGUCGUAAUCUCACCACGUGAACGAGACUACCCUCGCCACUCAUACUUCUCCGAACAGAACCGCAUGGCUCUUGCCCAUGGUUAUCCCGACAUGUAUCAAGUUGGCCCGGCAGAGUUAGCCCAACGGUAUGAGGAAGCUCGUCGAAAGAGGCAAUAUGCUAACAAGAUGAAGCGCUUCAUGGUCGCUAGGAAGCGGUCAGACGGCAUGAUGAACCACCAGAAUAGCUACAGGCCCCGCGAUGACCUCUACACUCUGGCCGAGCUGCUGCGCUCAGCUCCGCGAGUACAAGAGCAAGACAUUCCUAUCUAUCGGCGACUGAUACUGUAA